AUGGGUUCGUGCGUCUCGCGCUCGCCGGCUUCAGCGUCCACGGCAGGGUCAUCAGGGCGGAGAGUGGCCACCGUGAAGGUUGUGGACAUGGACGGCUCCAUGGCGCAGUACGCGGCGCCCAUCACCGCGCGGGAGGCCCUCGGGGACGACGAGCGCCGCCGUGGGGCGCCGGUCUUCCUGUGCAGCUCCGACGAGCUCCGCCUCGACGCGCCCCCGCGCGCUCUGGCGGACCAGGAAGAGCUGCAGUCCGGGUGGCUCUACCUCGUGCUCCCCAUGUCCAUGCUUCCCCUCACGCUCACCGGGCACGAGAUGGCCGCCCUGGCCGUCAGGGCCAGCUCCGCGCUCGCCGUCGUCAGCGGCGUCGCGUCCCCUCCGAGGCACAAGAACGUGGCUGGCACCAAGGGCAAGCAACGGAAAAUGGCUCGAGUGGCACCCGUCGUCGCCCUCGACGAGCACGCCGAACUAGCAGAUCGUGAAUGGAGCCAGCACGCCUAUGGCAAACAUGGAGCCGCGCGCAAGACGGUGCGCGGCGAUGAGACGGCAGGGAAAAGGAGGAAGAGAGCGGCAAGUGUCAACCCAACAAAGCAUAUCACUGUUACCAUUGUUGUCAACAAAAACGACCUGGUGCCAUCUUUUGGCAAGGUCUCAGCUGCCAGUCUUCGCACAGAGGCCGACACUGGGGGCCUCCCCAUCGCGCCGCCACCAGAGCCCUCGCCGCGCCUGAUACUCUCAUCGCCGCUGCCGUCGGCCCUUGCCACGCCGUCGGUCUCAGCUGCCAAGGGUAGUUUGGGGGUGAAGGUCCCCGAGGAUGGCCACCAUGACCGUUGUGGCGGGUUUGGCCAGCUCGUUGUCAAGCAGCGCCUAGGGCGACGCCUCUGA